AGCCAGCUAUGACGUCAGAGCAGUAAGACGCUGGCCGAAAGUCGCGAAGGGCCAGUGCGCGUCUCACAGACGAGUAGCGUUAUAGCGCAUGCUAUUCUCGACUUUUUAAUUUAACAUUUGUGUUUUUAACUCGCUAGGCGAUUAGCCAGUGACACUUCGAAGCCGUUUAAGGUUGAAGUGAUUUUAUGUAAGUCGCCUUUUUAACUACCUGAGCCCUGAAUUGGUGGGUUGACCCUCGACAUGGAUAUUAGCUAGCUUAGCUAGUCACCAAGAAACGACAUAACGGCUCAUCAGAAGGUUUGUUUCACAGUUUUAUCGAUUUUAAACGUAGUUUAUGUGCCUAAAGUCGAGCUCUCUGAGGCAAAUCUUCGCCUUGGGUGUUGCCAAAGAAGGUCUGAAGUUCGGGCGAAGUAGCUAGUUGUUUAAGUAAGGCAAGAAAAGAAGUGGGAGAUGUUGACUAACGCCAACAGUCCGCCGAAGUUCCCAAACCAGCAGCAGCAACAGAAUCCAGCCCAAUUCAUGCUGGGAAAAGCCUCACUUCAGAUCAAGAAAAAUGCCAUAACUGACGACUACAAGGUCACUAGCCAGGUUUUGGGGCUGGGCAUCAAUGGCAGGGUUCUGGAGAUCUUUCACAAGAGGAGUGGGGAUAAGUUUGCUUUAAAGAUGCUUCAUGACUGUCCCAAAGCUAGGCGAGAAGUGGAGCUACACUGGCGGGCCUCCUCGUGUACCCACAUUGUCAGGAUUAUUGAUGUCUAUGAGAAUCUGUACCAAAACAGGAAGUGCCUUCUUAUUGUAAUGGAGUGCAUGGAUGGUGGUGAGCUGUUCAGUCGGAUUCAGGACAGAGGGGACCAGGCAUUUACUGAGAGAGAGGCUUCUGAUAUCAUGAAGAGUAUAGGAGAGGCCAUUCAGUAUUUACAUGCAAUAAACAUCGCACACCGAGACGUCAAGCCAGAAAACCUCUUAUAUACCUCUAAAAGGCCCAACGCCCUUCUCAAACUGACAGACUUUGGGUUUGCAAAAGAGACAACCUCACACAACUCUCUGGCCACCCCUUGCUAUACUCCUUAUUAUGUUGCCCCAGAGGUUCUUGGUCCAGAAAAGUAUGACAAGUCCUGUGACAUGUGGUCUUUGGGUGUCAUCAUGUAUAUUCUGCUCUGUGGUUACCCGCCUUUCUAUUCCAACCACGGAUUGGCUAUAUCCCCUGGUAUGAAGAAACGAAUCCGCAUGGGACAGUACGAGUUUCCAAAUCCUGAAUGGUCGGAAGUUUCAGAGGAAGCUAAGCAUCUCAUCAAAACAUUGCUGAAAACUGAGCCGACACAAAGGAUGGCCAUCACAGAGUUUAUGAACAACCCCUGGAUCAAUCAAUCAAUGGAGGUACCACAGACUCCCCUACAUACUAGCCGUGUUCUGAAAGAAGAGAAAGACACAUGGGAGGAAGUCAAGGAAGAAAUGACUAGUGCCUUGGCAACAAUGAGAGUCGACUAUGAGCAAAUCAAAAUCAAGAGGAUUGAAGACUCAUCCAAUCCACUGCUGAUGAAAAGGAGAAAGAAAGCCAACAAUAUGGCUCCUGAAAACGAGACGCCCACUUGCUAAGGACACAUUCACUGUGUAGCACAUGCACACACACAUUUUACACUCGUAAAUCAGUUGAAAAGUUUGAUUUAAGGAAGCAAUAUCUCAACAAACAAGUUAAAAGCAAGAGAUUUUUAUUUAGUUUUAUAAUUGUUUUUAAUCACUCAACAUCUGUAACUAAUACACCACUUCGUUACCAAAAGAAAGGGGCUUUACAAUUAUGAUACAAGACUAUACAUUUUGGAGUUGUGAAGCAGCCGACGUCCACUAAUUUGCUCCUUAAAGUUUUCACAAAUACUGUUUUUCACAUGGUUUUUAGUGGGGUAAACAAAAACCUUAGUUACCUUUUGCAUCUUUUUUUUUUUUCUUCCUUUCUCUACUUUUUUUGAUCAAAAGUCAUUGGUACAUGAGUUCAUGAGUUAAACACACUUAACACUGUUUGUUUUAAUGAUGUUCCAUUCUGAGUUAUGGUACGGCACGAAAUAACUUGUCCUGUAUUAAAAUGAUUAUUCAGUUUCUUUCCUUCUGCUCAUGUUCUGAGGAGCCUAUGCAUAGUGCUAGCUUUGCUGUUUGUUCUUCAUUAUAUUUGUCAUUUAAUGCUCUUUUGCAGUAAAAGACAGUACUGGUGUCCAGAUGAAAAUGUAUUUUUGAAAUGACUCUGUGAAUGUAGGCGCACUCUGUUCUUGACUGGAAAAAUGUCUGUCAGUAUUGUUCAGGGUCCUAUCAAGUAAAAUACAAAAUCUUUUUUGAGCUUUAGAUCCAACUAGCAUAUCCUGGUCUUCAGAUUGAGAGGAAAACCGCAUAUUGCCCUUCUUUCUCAUCGGUUUUGAUCAGGCUUACCAUAGAAAGCCAGUCCAACACAUUGUUCUAGCCCUCUGCUUGCUCAAUGAUACGCUUAUUGCACAUCGUUUUGGGUGCACAAUUGAUUAGCCUUGAAUCAAUUCUAUGCAUAUUUGUUUUCAAGUUUUUCCUCAGAGAUGUGUAAAGAAUGUUAACCCAUGCUCUGGUAUUUAAUUUCACAAAUACCUACUAAAUACAGUAGACGUGUGCUGGUUGUUAACCCACCACCUUGAACCACAAAGCCCGUUUGUAUUUUCAUAAGUGUGUAAUGAAUGAAUUAUGAAAUGGGAUCUUUGUGAUGGUAAUGGUUCUUCUUUGACUCUGGAAUGAAUAUAUAUGCGAUAGCCGUCGAAUGUACUCUUCAUUAUGCCAGUGCAUUUUUUGUUUGUUGUAUCUGUUCAAUGCCUACCAUGCAGUAAGUGUUUGAAUGCACCUAUUGAGAGGAGCUUAUAGGUGCCAGGUGUUAAAGGAAUAAAGAAAUGCCCCCUUGACUUAA